CAUUCACCAGCUUCACUAUGAUUCAUCAACCAAAGCCAACCAAAAACUUCCUCUGCUGCUUAGCUAAAGAAUCAUCGCCAUCAUGAGUGUGGAGAUCCUCGACGGCAAGACGGUCCGGAGCUUCGUGGAGGACGAGGGCGCCUUCAACUCCUCGGUCGACGGCCGCUUCGCCGCGCUCGACGCCAACCGCGACGGCCUCCUCUCCUACACCGAGAUGGCCGGGGAGCUGAUGAGCCUCCGCGUGCUGGAGAAGCACUUCGGCGUCGACGACGAGGCCGCCAUGGGCGCCGACGAGCUCGUGGAGCUGUACCGUGGCCUGUUCGCGAGGUUCGACCGCGACGGCAAUGGCGCGGUGGACCUGGAGGAGUUCCGGGCCGAGAUGAAGGAGAUGCUGCUCGCCGUCGCCAAUGGCCUCGGGUUCCUGCCGGUGCAGAUGGUCGUCGAGGAAGGCAGCUUUCUCAAGGUGGCCGUCGACAGGGAGCUGGCCAAAGCUGCUUAAAUUAAUAUACCUGAACCGGCGAGCAUUUAAAUUUUCACACAGCUACGAUUUUAAUUGAUAUAUCUUGUGUUCACAAUAUUGAUCAUUGUUAUUUGAUAGCCUCUGUUGAGCUAUAUUUCAUUGUUACUUGUGUAACUGUGCUCUUUGAGAUAGACAAAGAUAAUAUGAUAUAAAAAACCAGUUUUGAUCAAGAGAAUCGGUUUGAAA